AGUGAUGAAGGUUUUACCAGUGUUUGUUAUUGUGUUCUUUUGUUUUACAAAUGUUUAUACAGAUAGACUUGAUGAACGUUUUCGUCUUCUAUAUUCAGAUGCAGUAAAAUGUAAUUUCGAUAAAACUCUAAAUCUACAAGUAGGUGAAACGAAUGUGUAUUUUUAUGAUUUCACUAAAGACAUAAAUAUUGUGUGCAAAAUAAAUUCAUCUGUUGAUUGUAUCACAAAUACUACAAGUAUAGAUAUAUCUAGACGUCUAAUAGUUUUUGUUCCCGGAUAUAAAUGUUUUAUUAAACGUGAUAUUGAAGAGUUGAUAAGACAAACAUACAAGACAAUUCCUGAUGUAUAUCUAAUUAUUAUAGACCAUUCCCCGUAUACCUAUGAGACCAAAGAAAAAUUAAGGAGUUACGAAAGAUCUGUUCUUUACUCUUUUUAUAUUGGGAACGCGUUAGGUAAAUUUUUAGCUAGUUUUAAUAGAUAUGGAUAUCCUUCAAAGAAUAUUCAUUCUAUUGGCCAUAGUUUGGGUGCACAUAUUUUGGGGUAUGCUGGAGAAAGGUACACUGCAGAGACCUCUGAGAAUGUAUGGAGAAUAACUGGCUUAGAUCCGGCUGGUCCUUGUUUUGCAAACGCACCUAAGGAAGAACAACUAAGGUCUGGGAACGCAGAUUAUGUAGAAGUAUACCAUUGUAAUGCUGGUCAAUUGGGGACGACGAAUACUAUCGGAGAUGCAGAUAUCUUUUUUAACCAAGAAGGAAAGAUACAGCCGGGAUGUUCUAAAGGGCUAAGUGACGAAGACCUACCUAAAUGCUAUCACAAGACUUGUGUGCUGUAUUGGACUAAAUCAGUACUACGAUCUCAGUUAUACCAGGCUGUGGCAUGUCCAUCUUACGAGGCCUAUAACGCUGGCAGUUGUACUACAUCAAACACGACUCCGAUUGGACAUUCGACAGUCGCUGCAAAAGGAAUAUUUUACGUCACAACUGAAUAUGAUCAUGCUACCGAUCAGUUGUGAACUUUAUCACUGUGCAAUCGGUAUAGGCAUUUUACUU